CCACACCCUCUUCCAUCGGCCGACUACCAACUUCUCCCCGCCUGCACAUCUGCACGCCUAGACCUGCACUGGAACAAGCUACAACAGCUCCAGCCUCGUUCGUAAUCAUCAUCUCCUGCAGAAUGGCGUUCCGUAUGUGUUCGGUGCUGUUGGCUCUCGUCAUGGCGGUCGCCGCCUCCGCCGAAACCCUCAUCCCGUUGUGCGUGGUCAGCGCCGACUCGUCGUUCGAGACCCUCCACGCGACGGCGGCCGAGACAGAGAACUACCCGGACGCUCUGGAGGGCGCCUGCAACGAGUUCCUCGGCCAGCUGUGCGACGACAGCCUCAAGUGCACCGUGGACUUCGACUACGACGAGGAAAAGUGCCUGCCCGAGCCCAGGGAGGUGAUGGAAUCCUGCGUCGAGACGACUGAAUGAGGAGGCUUGCCAGGGAAAAGGAGGUGGUGAUGAAUAGCCGCCUGGCGAGGCGGCUUGGCGGGCCCCGAAGGACGGGCGGAGGGGGCGCGAAUGGAGCCAUGUUCGGCAGGGAGGGCGCGACCCGCCCCGAGCUUGGCGACGGGUCAGCGCAGCACGCUCGACAACCGGAAGUGUUCCGCCCUGUUGUCGGGGCUCCGCUGGUAUAGAAAGAUGGUGUAACCCGCGGGGCGUGGGUCGCUUCGAUCGGAGCAGCAGCGUAUGUUGUGUGACAAUAGCUGUCUUCUUACAAAAGCUUUGUGUCGAGAGUUAAUGCACAGAGGACGACGGGGCCUGCUUUGUUUUUGUACGAUACUCACCCCGCUUUCUAACCUACGGGCAGGGUGACCGGGCCUCGUUUUCUAUCGCCGUGGGAGAGUACUCCUUACCUGCCGAUGCCCCCCAUCGACGUCAUGACGUCAAUCGAUCUUACAGGGCUGGCUUCCUUGUGAAGCACGCGUGUGUCCGUUGUGUGUAACGAUCUCUUCGUUUUGAGGGAAGGGGGAAGGAUGGGAUGUGUUCGCUUUUUGGCAACCUCUGGGAAAUGCUGUUUUUUUCUCGCGCAACUAUUCCCUCGUCAGUAUCUAGCUGUCCGGAAACUUGAUGUGUGCCUGCCUUCAGUUGAAGUACGCGUCUUGACCUUGGGCUUUGUUGUCCCGAGAUAUGUGGCCCGUGCUCCUAGUCGUGGGUGCCCCCCCCCCCCCCCCCCNCCGCUCGUGUGGAUUUUGUCAUGUGUGCGGGUGUGUACAUGUAGGGAACAAGUAGAGGCGUCUUCUUUCUUUAUUUGUACUACUCAUUGCUACUGAAGACUUGUUUUUUUUCGUCGACCUCUCCCUUGCUCCUGUACGCUUAGUAAGAUCGCAUGACCCGAAUGGUUUUUAGCUUAACUAGUUUGUCCACGAGUCAUAAAUUGUUACCCUGAAUAUUCUCAAUUAUCAAGACGUUGGGAAGAGUUUCAGCAAACGCCUUGUGAUCUUGUGCUCCGCGGCGGAUUUGGGCUCCACAUGCAACGUCACGGCCCCUUCAAUCAACAUAAAUGAGGUAUUGGGUUGGCCAGUGGGAAAAAUCAGCGACAGGCUGCUGCUGCAGUCGGUUCCUAUAUAGUCAACCUCGGCAAACACGCCAGCGAGACACAAAACGGAGCGGUAGGUACACUCGUGUAGCACCGCCGUCCGGACAAUCGGAAGAAAAGCACCCCCCGCUGAUCUGUCCACAGUUGUUAAGCGCCGCGCCGCCAGCACGCCUCCUUUUUUUUCAGCGGAAACGACUUCUCGGGUUGGCUGCUGUACCGGCGUUGCCUCGGGCGUGACCCGUACCGCUUGCUGGCGGAACAACAUGGCACGAGCGCUGGCGGCGAGUAGAACCACCUUUUUUCCAACAAUCUUCUGUGCGUGUGUGCGGGUGCACCAUUUUCGCCACGCAUUGCCAGAAGUAUCGAGUUCGAUAGACAGUGCAUCGUUUCUUGGCCCACCCACCGUGUUUCUUUUUCCGUACUCCGGAAGAAAAUUAGGUGAGCAGCGGGUUUUGAACCCGCGUCUUUUGCAACCAAAAGCAACCACUGGACAUCUCUUCGUCGACGCCAUUGUGGCAAGAAGGGUU